UUCACCAAUCACCACCAUUGUAGGCUGAUAUAGACCGCAGUAAAAAUCUCGGUCUCUCCGCCCUCGUUUAUUUAGCCUUCUUCACAAACAUUUCGUCGAACACUCCGUCGACAAUGGCGUCUUCCGUCCUCUCGCAUUCUCUCUUCUCCACUCUCACUUCUCCACACUCCCCACCACCCGAGAACGCACCGCCACCGCUCUCUGUUUCCGUCAAGCAGCCUUUCGCUACCUCCAGAUCACACGCCGUCGCCGCCAAUUUCAACAAAAUCCGUAGUCUCACCGCUUCCUGCGCUGCCUCCGAUGACCACGCCUCCUCCGCCGAGCUGCCGAUUGAAUUGAGUAUGAAAUAUCAUCUCUUGCUUAGCUUCUUCACUUUGAUGCUUGCAAUUUCUCACCGAUUUACGGCUUCAGAGUACCCUGCAUUUCCAACAGUCAUGGACAUUAAUCAGAUUCGGGAUAUCCUGCCUCACAGAUUUCCGUUUCUGCUGGUGGAUAGAGUGAUUGAGUUCACACCUGGUGUGUCUGCUGUUGCUAUUAAGAAUGUGACUAUCAAUGAUAAUUUCUUCCCCGGCCAUUUUCCGGAGAGGCCGAUUAUGCCCGGCGUGCUCAUGAUUGAGGCGAUGGCUCAGGUUGGAGGCUUAAUUAUGCUACAGCCGGAGGAAGGAGGGUGGUCGGGCAGCAGUUUCUUCUUUGCUGGAAUCGACAAAGUAAGAUUCCGGAAGCCGGUGAUAGCAGGAGAUACAUUAGUGAUGAGAAUGAACCUUGUGAAGCUGCAGAAACGCUUCGGAAUAGCAAAGUUGGAAGGCAAAGCUUACGUUGGCGGAGAGGUGGUUUGUGAAGGUGAAUUCUUGAUGGUGGGUAACUAACAAAUGAUUCAACAACAAUAAUUCGUCUCUUUCUAUUCAUCUUCUUGUAUCUUAGCUGAGCAGAAUCUGGUGAUUGCUUUAGCUGUCUAAUUUAGUUGUAGUCAAAAUAGCCCUUUUCAUUGAAUUGUUUGUAAAAGGGAAAAACAUUAGACGAUUAAGUAAACUCCCAAAUCAAUGAUCGAUCAAUAAUUAAACUCUCUA